AAAGCUGUUUGACCGGUUUGUAAAGCCUCUGGAUCUUAAAGUCCGUCUUGUUUUUCGUGGAAACGAAUUCGUCAGUGAAAAGUACACUGGAAAUCUCCGUGGGCUACAAGUGGAUUUAUGACUUUUUAACAGUUCUGUAACAUUCUGCUGACUUGUAAUGCAUUAAAUAAGACUAUAUUGCUACAUUGUUACACACCAAAGCUAUGGCGGAUGAGAACCAGACCGAGGUGUAUGUUUACGAGAAGGUGCUUAUACUGAUGUCAUGUGCGCUUUCGUUUUUUGGGUCACUUUUAUUAAUAUGCACAUAUGUAUGUUGGCUCGAUCUAAGGACCACACCGCGCAAACUGCUCGUCUUUUUGUCUGUUGCUGACCUGUUGUCCGCGCUCUCGUACUCUUACGGAGUUUGGAGUAUUUUCCAGUCGGAUUCAUUGGACUGCAUUACACAAGCAGCGAUUUCAACAUUCGCAAACACCAGCUCAUUCUUCUGGACCGUGGCGAUUGCGAUCUACUUAUACAUUUUUAUUGUGAAGUCCAGUCAGAGACAGGCCGAUAACUUGGUGCUGUAUUUUCAUCUUAUCAGUUGGGGUGUUCCCUUCGGCAUCACUGUAGCGGCCCUCUCUCUGCAGAAGCUUGGCUAUGAUGCCUCUGAGGUGUCCGUUGGCUGGUGUUGGGUAAACAUCCAUGCUGAUGACCAUGUCCUGUGGAUGCUGCUCACAGGAAAAAUCUGGGAGUUCAUCGCCUAUGUCACACUGCCAGUCCUGUACAUCCUUAUUAAGAUACACAUCCGCAGAGCACAUACGGCCCUGUCCGAGUACCGCCCCAUCCUGACGAGCACCCCUGUCUCUCAUUCAAUGUCUUCAAUGGCAGAUCGGAAACUCACCCUCAUCCCCAUCAUUUUCAUCAUGCUCCGCGUGUGGAGCACCGUCCGCUUCCUGCUCCUUUUAUCCGAUUCCCCCGCGAGGCAAAACCCAGUGCUGGUGACCUUGCAUGGAAUUGGAAACACCUUUCAAGGAGCGGCGAACUGCAUAAUGUUUGUUCUGUGUACUCCCUCAAUCCGAUCACGACUGCAGGCUUGGCUGUGCUGCAAAGGUCAUAACAGAUGCUGGAAAUCGGAGUCGGUGUCCCAGAACAGGGCGAGGGAAUUUACGGCGAAUACGCCUUCGCACGCUGAGGAGAGCACAAGUCCCCAAACUUGGGAGGACAGUGAGGACUAAUGGUUGUUGUGAUGGCAUCCUAUAUGGGAAGUUAAAUAGAGCUCAUCUUUAGCGCAUGAAGGCUGGAUGAAGCACAGUGCGAAUAUUUUUAUGGCUGUUUGGUAAUUUGUAACAGAACCAUUACCUUCUUGUUUGACCAAGUGCCUAAAGGGAUUACAGGGGACUGCGGUCACAUGGACAAAAUCCGCAGAGCACGUAACACAAACGCACUUUAUGUUACUGGUCUAGCUCAGCACUUUACACAGGAGGCAUUCUGUCUCCCACAGCCUCUCGAAUCUGUUCUCGUAUCGCUUCCGCAGAUGUUUCGUGUUCAUUUAAAUAGAAAUGAGAUCUGUAGCUCAGGGGAAGGCGAGGAUACAGCAAUUUAUUAUCUAGUGACCAAAAUGGCAAAUGUACUGUGAACUGUUUUUAUAAGGGAUCUUUUCUUCCCUCAACAAAAGCACAUGAAUAUUUAAUGCAAAUACAAAGCUGAUUUCUUUAUAUUCGCAAAACAUGAAUUAUGAUGUAAUGUACAUAUAUAUGUAUGGUAAUAUAUACGUUGUUGCAUUCACUUUGCAGUAUGCCAGAGUUGCAUGUCCUUGCUGGACAAAAAAACUAAUCGAGGACACUAGCAACAACAUGCACUUCUAUUCAUAAUGCACACAAUGCAUUUGAAACAAGAUGGGAAGUGAAAGUGGGUGUAUUUUAAUCAUGGCAUACUAUGCAGUUAUAUUUAAACAACAAACAUAUUUUAUAUUUAAAUAAAGUAAGUGAUAUCUGUAAAUCAUUGCAUGUUUGAUUAUUAAUGAACAUAUUUAGCAACAUUUACAGCACACAGUUUUCUGUUAAAGUAUAAUCAAUUAAUCUGUAAAUUAUAAAAAGAUUCAUCAUGAAUGUCCCCCAAGGGAUAAUUACCCCAAAAAUGAAAAUUCUGUUCUCAUUUUCUCACUCUCAUGUGUAAAUUUCUUGUUUUGAUGAACACGAAGGAAGAUAUUUUGAGGAACAUUUGUAACCGAACCAUUCAUGUAGUAAAUGAUGAAAGAAUUUUCAUUUUGGGUUGAACUAUCCCUUUAACAUGCACUUCUGUAAAUGCACAUCAGGGCCUUUGCUUCUAUGCAUUUCGUGUAGCUGAGCCUCUGUAAAUAUUUGAUGACGCAUGCAAUAUAACAGACACAGUCCAAACUAUAGUUUCACCACAGUCGGGAUGCAUUAGAGACUUCUGCAUUGUCGCCGCAUGAUACCAGGUCUGCUUUUAGUUUGUAAGAAGAGGAACCAUUCUGAAAAACCUGAAGAAAAGGCACAGGCUAUACACAAUAGCCAAUCUUGUUUUCAGUGCGUUUACUGGUUGUGUGACCUGAUAGAAGAGGAUGUUGCAACGUUGGUUAUAUAUUCAGUGAUAUCACUGACCCUGAGACUGCAUCACUUGACAAGGCAGUCUUGUGACUCGAUCAUAACCGCAGCUUAUUGAGGGGAUGGGAAAUGACUCGACAGUCAGUUUUGAAGUGUGUGUCAUUAAUUCUGCUGUAAAUACAAAUUCACUGACAUGUUUAACUGGCAGGCUGGAACAGAACAAUCUCUUGAUCUACAGUCACAUUUUAUUGGCAUGUCACUCCUAUCCAAUUGUCAAAUUAUCAACAGAAGUGAGGUUUUUUUUGCCCUUUGGAAGACAGAUUUAAUUUACGCAACACUAAAUUCUGCAUAUAAUUUGUAAUACACAUUAUUCUGUUAUCACACACUAUUCAUAGGUGACCCUAUCUUUGAAAAUC